CGGAAGAAAAUAGGGUUAAUAGAGAGAGAGAGAGAGCCUCGACGCAAAGCCCAAAGCCUUAAGCCACCCCACCCUCCACAAACGCACAAACUCUUCAGCACCCACACACACAGAUUACAAAUACGAACUUCGCCUCUCUCCAUACACACACACACACACAUAUAUAUAUAUAUAUAUAUCAAUCUACAAUCUCUUUGGGCUUUCGCACGGAUAAUCUCGCUUCGUCUUCUAUUCGGCGCAAUCAAAGCGUGUCUGGUCCCGGUGCGUUUCUUCUCUCUACUCUCUCUCUGUAUCUGGGUAACUCUCAGUACGCUCGUUGGUUACGAACACUCACGGAUUGUGGAACUCUUCCGUUUCUCCCCCGAAUUCCCCUAUAGACUGGAAACCCUAUCGGCGGGAAGAAGGGAAUUAGGGUUUGGUUUGUUUUAUCGAUAAUUGGAUGUGUUUUCGUGCGUUAUGUUGAUCCGAGGGUAGUCAAUUUGUCCGUUUCGGGAAAUUUCGGGGGUGCUCUAGACUGGUCCGGGCUUGUUAUCUCGUGGUGCCGAUCUUGUUGCGCCGCCUUCGGACGGUUUCCAGUUCUAGGGUUUGGUUUUUCUUCAAUUUCCGAAAAUGGGCUUGAGUUUUUUGUCUGACGAGGGUGCUGUUUUCUGAUUGAAGAUUUUGAUGGGAUGAGGUGUUCUUAGUUUGUGCUAUCGCUGAAUAUGGAAGUCUGUAGAGGUCCUUGUUGACAUUGUUGUUGGGAACAGAAAGGCGGUACAAGUUUGUUCGGUGAUAUUGAUUAAGGUCACUUUGAUUUACCAUACAGUAUACAGUGCGCGGAGAGAAGAAAACCCUAGUUAAACAGAACAGGGUAGUUUCGGUUUUUGAAUUGCCAAUUGGGUUUUAAAGGGCUGUAAUCUAACAAUUUUCUCGGUAGCCACAAUGACUUAAUUGUUUCUGGUGACAAGAGAAAAGUCAAAUUAGCCAACAGUCAACUGAUACAGGGAAGAAAUAUAAAGGUUUGUGGAGGUACUUGCCUACUUGGUAGUCAUUGGGCAGAUCUGCUUGAAACACAACUUGGUGCAUACUGUUUCCCCCUUCACUUGAAUAUGUUCGGUGCUAAUUAUGGAAAGAAGUGAACCUACAUUAAUACCAGAAUGGUUGAAAGGCAGUGCAAGUGUAAGUGGUGGCACUUUGGCCCACCAAAUGGCUUCAUCUUCAUCAUACUCAGAUGAUCGCCUUGCGUCAAAGCCUUCAAGAAAUAAAUCAUCAGUGAUUGUAAAUGAUCAUGAUACAGGACGUUCAUUUUUCUCCGAUCGUGCUACUUCCUCAUACUUUCGUCAGGGUUCAAAUAGUAAUGGUUCUCACCAUAGGUCUCAUGGCAGUUUUGGUAGAAACAACCGUGGUAGGGAGUGGGACAAGGAAACGUAUGACUUCCCUGACAAGGAAAAGUCUGCUGACCGUAGACGCCUUGAGUAUUCUGAUACUUUAGAUAAUAUUCUACCGAGUAGAUUUGAGAAGGAUUUAAGACGCACACAAUCAAUGAUUACUGGGAAAAGAAAUGAUGCAUGGCCCAGAAAAACACUGUCGGAUGCAAGUGGUGAAGACAAUAAAAACAACCCUAACAAUAGCAAUGGUGUACUUGGUUGGGGCAAACCAGUUAGCAAUGUGCGCAAAUCUGCAUUUGAAAGGGAUUUCCCAUCUCUGGGGAAUGAAGAAAGCCCAACAGCUCCUGAAAUAGGAAGAGUCACUUCUCCUGUGUUAACUGCUGCCAUUCAGAAUCUGCCAACGGGUACUUCGGCUGUGAUUGGAGGUGAUGGGUGGACAUCAGCCCUGGCUGAGGUGCCUGUACUAGUUGGAAGUAAUUGCACUGCUGGGACUGUUCAAAAAGCUAUUCCUUUUACUGCAGCUUCUUCAGUUUCUAGUGUGAUGACUGGACUGAAUAUGGCUGAAGCUUUGGCCCAGGGCCCUUCUCGUGCUCAACCUCCUAUUCCUCAGUUAUCUGCUGGAAAUCAGAGACUAGAAGAAUUGGCUAUAAAACAAUCGAGGCAAUUAAUUCCUGUGACACCAUCUGCGCCUAAAGCAUCAGUAAUGCUGCCUCCUUUGUUGGUUCUCAGUACUUCUGAUAAACCUAAACUUAAAAUUGGGCAACAACUUCAUCAGACUUCAUCUUCUCCACUUGCUAACCACUCUCCGCGCGGUGGACUUGUCAAAUCAGAUAUUUCCAGGUCUUCUACUGUGGGAAAGCUUCACGUGCUUAAACCAGCACGAGAAAGGAAUGGUGCCUCUCCAACUGCAAAAGAUAGCUUGAGUCCUACAAGUGGUAGCAGAGUAGCAAGCAGCCCAGUUGCUUUUGUUCCUUCGGUGGCUGGAUCUACUCCCUCUAGGAGUCCAAGCCACAACCCUAAUGCUGCCCCUACUGAGCGCAAGACAGGCUUGGUAGUUCUGGAGAAGAGACCCAUAUCUCAGGGACAAAGCCGGAAUGAUUUCUUCAACCUCAUGAGACAAAAAUCUUUGACUAGCCCCUCUUCUGUUGGUCCUGGCCCUGACCCUGGCUCUGCUGCGUCAUCAUCUCCAUUGGACAAGUCCAAUCAAACAGAAACUUGUAGUGUUGGUAUGUCUCAGGGCGGAGAUUCCUCUUUGUUGGAGAGCCCUGUUAGGGUCCAGUCAGCAGAGAAGACAGCAAAUGACAUUAACAGCAAUGGAAAUGCCCUUGACAAGGCUGAGGAAUCUCUUACCUGCAGGUUUCAGGAAACUCUUAACAGUGGACAGGAUCAUUCAAGCUCCAAUGCCAUCCUUUAUUCCGAGGAGGAAGAGGCUGCUUUUCUACGUUCACUUGGGUGGGAGGAAAAUGCAGGAGAGGAUGAAGGUCUUACUGAGGAAGAGAUCACUUCUUUCUACAAGGAGUAUAGCAAAUUGAAGCCAUCGUCGAGAAUUGUGCAAGGAAUAGAGCCAAGGUUUUUGGUGCCUCUGAAUCUACGCUCGGGGAUUGUUGGUGCUGUUGCUUCAUCCGGAUCAAGCCCUUCUGACUCGAAGUUUGAAUCAUAAGUUACCAAAAAAUCCCACUGGCUUGAUAAGUCCUCAAGUUGAUGAUAGAGAGAGUUUUGUUUCUUCUUUCCCGAUAUAUAUCCUGUUUUUUUGUUUUUGGUUUCGUCAAUUGAGAUCGAGCUGGAAACCCGAGCGAGCCAGUGGACACUAAAAGAAGAGAAGAAGGGUGGGGAAUGCUUUCUCCUGGCGCUCUUUGAUUUAAUAAGUUACAGAUGGUCCCAUCCCCCCGGAGAAGUGUUAGUCUCUCUAAAUUUUGAGGUUUGAGGUCUGAUAGUGGAGAAAACAAAUAGGGUUUAUUCUGGUCUUUUAGCUGUUGAGGGAAAUUGCAUUGCCUAGUAUGGAAAGUCUUGGUGCUUGUCAGUUUUGGGAUUUUAGAGAGGGCCAGGAAUCAAAAUGCUGACAGUUAUGUGGUUAUUUCCAGAGAAAGAAAAUUAGAAAUUUUAUAUUCUCAUA